GACAGUGAAAGUUGCUGAAUUGGGAUCUCAUCGAGGUUGCGAAAUCAAAUCAGGAGUAUCAGUAACAUAACAGGGGAGGACUCCAAGUUACUUUGAGGCAUUGUUGACAAUUGACAUGAAAUGAAACUCACGUGCUCCCGUUCUCUUUCUUUCUGAACCUCGAGGCUCUCGUUCCCGAUCCAAUUCUUCGUUCCUCCAUGGAGGACGCAUUUGCCAGAUCUAUUCCCGAGGUCCUUGAUUUCUUUGGAGUGGACCCGACUAAGGGUUUAUCUGAUGCCGAGGUAGUACAGCAUGCUAGACUUUAUGGAAAAAACGUGCUGGCUGAAGAUCAAAGAGUUCCUUUUUGGAAAAUGGUUUUGAAGCAAUUUGAUGAUUUGCUUGUAAAGAUACUAAUUGCAGCUGCUCUUAUAUCUUUUAUUCUGGCAUUAAUUAAUGGAGAAACAGGCUUGAUGGCAUUUCUGGAGCCUUCGGUUAUUCUGAUGAUAUUGGCAGCAAAUGCGGCGGUUGGAGUGAUUACAGAAACAAACGCUGAAAAAGCUCUUGAGGAGCUACGUGCCUAUCAAGCUGAUGUGGCAACAGUCUUGCGCAAUGGUUGUUUUUCCAUACUUCCUGCAACUGAACUUGUUCCUGGGGAUAUUGUGGAAGUUUCUGUGGGGUGCAAAAUUCCUGCUGAUAUGAGGAUGAUUGAAAUGCUAAGCAAUCAAGUGCGGGUUGAUCAAGCUAUUCUUACAGGUGAGAGCAGCUCCGUGGAGAAAGAGCUUAAAACAACCACAACAACAAAUGCUGUAUACCAAGACAAAACAAAUAUUCUGUUCUCGGGUACGGUUAUGGUUGCUGGUAGGGCAAGAGCUGUUGUGGUGGGAGUUGGUCCUAACACUGCCAUGGGCAGCAUUCGCGAUUCAAUGUUGCGAACAGAGGAUGAGGUGACACCGUUGAAAAAGAAGCUGGAUGAGUUUGGUACCUUUUUGGCCAAGGUUAUAGCAGGGAUUUGUGUUUUAGUGUGGAUUGUAAAUAUUGGUCACUUUCGUGACCCUUCUCAUGGUGGUUUCUUGCGUGGUGCAAUUCAUUAUUUUAAGAUUGCAGUUGCUCUGGCUGUUGCAGCCAUUCCAGAAGGGCUCCCUGCAGUUGUUACAACAUGUUUGGCUCUUGGAACAAAGCGUAUGGCUAAGUUGAAUGCCAUUGUUCGCUCCUUGCCAUCGGUUGAGACCUUGGGCUGCACCACUGUUAUUUGCAGCGACAAAACUGGUACUCUAACUACCAAUAUGAUGUCUGUUGCAAAGGUGUGUGUUGUAGAAUCUGCAAAGCGUGGUCCUGUUGUUUCGGAAUACAGUGUCAGUGGAACAACAUAUGCACCUGAAGGCAUAAUAUUUGACAGUACAGGGUUGCAGCUUGACUUUCCUGCUCAAUUGCCUUGUCUUCUUCACAUGGCAAUGUGUUCUGCUCUUUGCAAUGAAUCGACCCUGCAGUAUAAUCCUGAUAAAGGGAAUUAUGAAAAAAUUGGUGAGUCAACUGAAGUGGCACUACGUGUCUUAGCAGAAAAGGUUGGUCUCCCUGGUUUCAAUUCUAUGCCAUCAUCCUUGAAUAUGUUGACUAAGCAUGAGCGUGCUUCUUACUGUAACCAUUAUUGGGAGGAACAAUUUAGAAAGAUUCAUGUUUUGGAGUUUUCUCGAGAUCGGAAAAUGAUGAGUGUCCUUUGCAGCCGGAACCAGAUGCAUGUUUUGUUCUCAAAGGGUGCCCCAGAAAGUAUAAUAUCUAGAUGUACAAGCAUUCUGUGCAAUGAUGAUGGUUCCAUUGUGUCACUUACCGCUGAUAUUCGAGCAGAGCUGGACUCAAGGUUCCACAGUUUUGCGGGAAAAGAAACAUUAAGAUGCCUUGCUUUGGCCCUGAAAUGGAUGCCCUCAACUCAACAGUCGCUGUCCUUUGAUGAUGAGAAAGAUCUUACAUUUAUUGGGUUGGUUGGGAUGCUGGAUCCUCCAAGAGAUGAAGUAAGAAAUGCAAUGCUUUCGUGUAUGACUGCUGGCAUACGUGUUAUAGUUGUAACUGGGGACAACAAGUCCACUGCUGAGUCACUUUGCCGCAAGAUAGGUGCUUUUGAUCAAUUGAUAGAUUUUGCUGAACAUUCUUACACUGCUUCUGAGUUUGAAGAACUUCCAGCACUGCAACAAACUAUAGCAUUGCAACGUAUGGCACUUUUUACCAGGGUUGAGCCUUCUCAUAAAAGGAUGCUGGUUGAAGCAUUACAGCACCAGAAUGAAGUGGUUGCAAUGACGGGUGAUGGAGUUAAUGAUGCACCUGCACUAAAGAAGGCAGAUAUAGGAAUUGCUAUGGGUUCAGGGACAGCUGUUGCUAAGAGUGCUUCAGACAUGGUGCUGGCUGAUGACAACUUUGCCUCAAUUGUUGCGGCUGUGGCAGAGGGAAGGGCUAUAUACAAUAAUACAAAACAGUUUAUUCGAUACAUGAUUUCUUCCAAUAUUGGUGAAGUAGUCUGUAUAUUUGUGGCUGCGGUGCUUGGAAUACCGGAUACUCUGGCCCCUGUCCAGUUGCUUUGGGUCAAUUUGGUUACUGACGGAUUGCCUGCCACUGCUAUUGGCUUCAAUAAACAAGACUCUGAUGUGAUGAGGGCGAAGCCUCGAAAGGUGAAUGAAGCAGUUGUCACAGGUUGGCUCUUCUUUCGCUAUUUGGUAAUAGGAGCCUAUGUUGGCCUUGCCACUGUUGCUGGUUUUAUUUGGUGGUUUGUUUAUUCUGAUAGUGGCCCUAAACUUCCAUACACAGAAUUGAUGAAUUUUGAUACUUGCCCGACCAGGGAGACAACUUAUCCAUGCAGUAUAUUUGAUGAUCGACAUCCAUCUACUGUAUCAAUGACUGUGCUUGUCGUAGUUGAGAUGUUCAAUGCUUUGAACAAUCUUAGUGAAAAUCAAUCUCUUCUGGUCAUUCCUCCCUGGAGUAACUUGUGGCUUGUUGCUUCUAUAAUCCUAACUAUGCUUCUUCACAUGCUAAUCUUAUAUGUUCACCCACUGUCAGUUCUUUUCUCUGUAACACCAUUAUCUUGGACUGACUGGACAGUUGUUCUCUAUCUUUCAUUACCUGUUAUAGUCAUUGAUGAGGUGUUGAAGUUCUUCUCCAGAAAUCCCAUUGGUUUGAGAUUCAGAUUAUGGUUCAGGAGGUCGGAUUUACUACCGAAAAAAGAGUUACGUGACAAGUAAGAUGUGAGUACUAUUUAGCAAAUUCUGCACUUGUGAAAUCAUAUAGCUUCAGUGGUAUCCUUGAUUGAAUCUAAAUCAUCAACCUCCAUAUGCAUGGCAAUCAAGGAGUUAAACAAGGUAACUCAUAGAUAUUGUAUAAUAUUUGUGUUAUCUGUAACAUUUAUAUUGUCCUUAAGAUUUCAGUGAUGUAAAACAGCAAAUGUAGGAGCCUGUAGGGCUGUUAUUAUCUUCAAUUAUUCAUUUUUCUUCAGUUUGUAUUUCAUCAAUUUUGCUAGCAUAAAUACCAAAAAGGCACGCAUUUUAGCUUGUUAUGAGAAAGUUGUAGUUUGUCAUUUGUGUAUCUUUAAACAAGAGAUGUAGAGAUUUAUGUCAACAUGUUGCGGAGAAGCAAAAGAAAAAAGGAAAAACAAAGUUUGGUCA